AUGCGCUUCGGACUUCCACCAGAGUUUUCUCUAGCUUCGUCCCGACUAGGCGUGGAUCGCCCUCUUUCGGGUCCCCGGCCACCUGCUACACCUGAGUCGGAGCGGGAACGCGAAGACGCUCGGAAACGCGAAGACGCGCGGAAACGCGAUCGCGAACGCGUGGACACAACACGGGAACGAUGCUUCGAAGCGCCACUCUUUGUUCGUCCUGUACAGUUGGCUUGUAUGUUGGGCAGCAAUAUAACUGCAAUAAUCCUGCUUUUCAACAUAGUGACCUUCAUUUCUACAGGUGAUGCAACGUUUCAAACCUCCUUUGAAUGUGUCGCGCAAUUUCUUCUCGAGGUUUCGCCUAAUUUUCGUCCCUCUAAUAAUCCUCAUCCUAUUGGUAUCCAUGCUGCAGAAUCUUGUUGCCAGAAAAUAGGUUCUUCCAGCAGCCAUUCUCUUGACCCAGGGCAGCACUGCUGCCUUCAGGCAUUUGAUGUAUGCCUCUUUGUUGAGUCUGAAGUCGUGGAUCUCAGUGGGAAUAAAUUGUCGUCGAUUACAACAGCAAUGUUUAAAUUUUUGCCAUAUUUGACUAAGCUUAAUUUGAAUAACAACGAAAUAAAAAAAUAUGAGGAUGGCGCUUUCUUAUUCCUUUCCAAGAUAACUGACAUUGAUCUUAGGAACAAUAACAUGAUGUGUGGAUGUCACCUGCCUGCCGUUGUCAAUUUUAUGAAGAAAACGUACAACAGAGAUGUGAAUGUCUUGGGCAAGUGUCAUAUAGAUUUGGGCAAUAACCAAAGCAAAGAAAUAGGUAUACUGGAAUAUUCGCAAUGUGGAGAUUACUCGUUAUUUCAACGAAACUUGCAGUGUCAAACGUGUUCGGGGAUGAUGUGCAAUGAUUCAGAAGUGACAAGCUGUUCAAACAUAGAGCCCGUGUGCAGAUAUAUGAUAUCAAUGAAAGGUGUGUCACUGAAGUUUGAAAGAUCCUGCAGCACAUACAGAACAUGCGUUGAAGCUGAGAGAAACAAUACAUUUACAUGCAACAAAUGGAGGACAAAUGGCACCUCUUGUGUUGCUUGUUGCACCGGAAACUUAUGUAACAAGAAUGAUUUUGUUGGCUGGACCAAUUCAUUUGUAUUCUAUGUGAUUUAUACAAAAGAUGCGUUUGCAACCGCUGACAAUCAAAACAGGAAAUUUAAUGACUACAGAAACACUGCUGAAAACAUAUCUAGAGCUAUGGAAUAUGAGUUUUCAAACAUGAAAGGAGCAUUCAAAGUUGAAUACUGUGGUUUAGAGAGAAUUGCAGUAACAUUUACUGUAUAUGCCACCGCCUUGGCGGAAAUUAGUAAAGAACAACUGUGGAAGAAUAUUUACGAAACUCUGAACACAUCGCAGAGAUUACGUAACUUGGGAUUUCAGCCAAGAAACACAGAGUUAUCUGAUAUAAAAAAGAAACGGAUUUUACUCCUUGUCUUUGAUCUGUCUAUUUAUGACUCCCAAGCUGUCAGCUCUUCCAGAACGGUUGUACAUCAAGAAAUGCCAACAAACCAAAAUAUGACAUCACCAAAGUGUUCACCAUUCACUGGGAUCUGGCAAGAACCAGACAUGUCGCAGUGUUACAAUACGGAGGGGAUCACUCGUGAACUAAAGAACAUAAGCAAAGAAAUUGAUAAAGGUCAGUGA